GCAAGCAUUGUCUCGGUAUUCUGUUUGGAUAUGCAAUCAGAUUGCUUAUAUAUGAUAUUAUUACAUACGUUUAAUGAACAAUAGCUUCUUUUAUUUUUUCUGAUCAAUACACGCGGACACUGACAUGGGAUGGUUGAAAGUCGUAUUUUCACUCCUGGUGGGUUUGGCCAACUGUCGGAGACCCAGAACGACGCCGGCUGUUCCCACGGUGACUGCACUCAUUGGCCAGGGUGUGAUGAUACCCUGCUCCAUCCCUCACCGCCCCACAGGCCUCAAUGAGUCCCGAAUCUACUGGCAGGCGAGCAACCCCCGGAGCAAAAAACCACAUGAGGAUAUGGUGCUGCUGGUGUACAACCGUGGGAAGAUGGAGAACAACUUAAGAACUGCCCUGUACAUGAACAGGACCCGCCUUUUCCCUGGACAGCUACACGACGGAAACUUCUCACUUUACAUCGAUCCGGUGAAAAUUGAGGAUGACCGGGCAAAAGUCAUCGUACGAUAUGAAAAGAAUGAUUUUAAACCACUCUGCCCGACAUAUAUACGUGUCACGGCAAGAAACUCGAAACCAGCAGUUCACUCGUCAUGCACCCAGGGCGCGGGGCUUGUGGAGGUGACAUGUGCCACUCAGGGUGGCUUCCCUGAACCCACGUUCAGCUGGAGGAUCCAGAACCACACUGUGCUCCGCCCACAGGAAAUGACACGCACUAUGGAGCGCGACCCACACAGUGGCACAUUCUCGGCGGACCUGACGGUGCAGCUGAACGCCUCAGAGGGGCAGACCACCACCUGCCUGGUCACUAACCCUGUCCUGCAGGAGACAGUCAGCACAUCUAUCACCAUCCAGAGCUGUAAGGUUGACCCUCAGGUGAAUACAGCAAGCUGGCUAGUUCCUGUAGCUUUGCUUGUGGCUUUGGUUUUUGUCUUCUUGGUUGCCCUUGGAGCAUAUAAAUAUCGCAGAAUGGAGUACCAGGUGACACCACAGGGAAGCACUACAUCUGUGACUGUUGUGUGACUGCUCCUGGGUGAUCCAGGUGAAGGUUUGAACACAUUCCCCAUUACAAACACACAAUUUCAGGAAACUCUUGUAAAUAUUCUUAUCUAUAGAAUUUGAAUAUAGUUAAAAUAUAUGAGGUGCUCCAGACUGUACAUUAUAAUCCUGAAAAUCAGACCAUUUGGGAUUGAGGGUAUGCCUGGUAGGUCAGAUACAUCCAAUGAAAAAUAAGAAAACUAAAAUAAAAUAAAUUAAUCUAGCUGAUGAGCACCUGUUUUUUUGUGUGUUUUAAAAAAAUAUUCUAUUAGUAGAAUAGAAACACAGCAAACGGAAGUGUUGUAGCAGAAAAACAGUGGUGGUCUGUGAAUGGCUAUUACAUACCACAGAGUUUCGCUUUGAUUCAUUGUUGGGAAACUGAGUGGUGGAGUUUCUACGGGGAGAAACCCAACAUUUAUGCUGCAGGCAGCACAGUGACUUAGGUAGCACUGUCACCUCUCAACAAGAAGGUCCUGGAAACCCCGCUUGGCCUUUCUGUGUGGAGUUUGCAUGUACCCCCUGUGUCUGCAUGGGUUUCCUCCCACAGUACAAAGACAUGCAGGUUAGGGACUACAGAUGAAAAUGAACUCAUUAGCUAACUCUGGCGCAUUUACAUUGAUGCGGAAACUGAAAAUGUUUAUUAAUGUGCACUCUCCCUCUGCGCGCCACUCCAGGAUAUGGAUAUGGAGAGAGGAGUGACGUACGCAGUGCGGACUCAGCCCAAGAGUUGUGGCAGCGGGACUGAUGCGCAUCCCUCAUCAUACAGAAAAGCUGGUGAAAGAGUUAAAGGGCUUUUACGACAUGCUUGGAGCCGUGAACUGCACCUGGAGGCCAACAGACGGGACGCGGGGUUCCUCCACGCUACAGAACACCUUCCUGCUGGACCCACGCAAGAACCUGAAGCCUCCCCCCCUAACCUCAGUGUCAGUGAGGAGAGGCAUAUGCUGCGGCUGCACUGCAAAACCCCCGACGUGUUCGAAGACAUACCAGUGCACAUCCCGUACAACAGGCAGGAGAAGUACGAAGUGCAAAGUCACGUCUUUCGAAAGUCUGGGUCCUGAUCCUGCCCCAGAUUCCCAAACCAAUGCAGCUGUUCAAAGAGCUCAUCAACAGCAAGGCGGAGGGAUCAAAUCCCGCAGAAAACGAGAUGGCUAUAUUUAGGGCAUGGGUGGUAAUUAUAAUCUAUAUUACUUGUAAAAGUAGGAAAAGUAGUACAUAGAAGUAAUACAUUAUAAGUUUCCUUUUAUUUUUAUGUCUUUUAUUUUUUAGUAAGAUACUAUGUACGAUAUAAAUAAGUAGUAGACUUUAGGGGUGUUCGUACCCAUUGUAUUAAUGGAAGUUCAGUAGCUUUUAUCUCCGUGAAGGGGGAGCCAUAAGAUAAGGUAAAGGCCAAAGAAGAGGAUGGGUAUUUGAGGGGUGUACCUUGACUUUUAAACAUCAUGGUGGAAAGGUAAAUUAGAAAGAGCUAAAGGGGUACAUGUAACUUGCAUGUGAUCAGCAAACUGAAAGAUGAUAUAUAUCCUGUAAUUUGUAUAACUCUAUUCUUUUGAUUGAUUAUAAUAAAGUAUAUCUUACUAUAA